AUGUCCUCCUCGUACAACUACGAGAUCGACCCCAAUGUCCUCGCGGACGUAACAAGAGUCGUCCAGGAACUCAUGAAGAUGCAGAAACAGCAACAGCAAGAAGAACAAGAGGCCGAGAACUACAACACGCACAGCCACCACACACACGACCCUGUCUCUCGCAGUGACUUUGACGACCGGCACGUCCUUGAACACGCCCACGGCCAAGACGUCGAGAUCGAACUGCUUUCUGUCCAGGACGAACAGACAAAGAAACAAAAAGAAUCCGACCAGAGCAUGAACAGCAGCUGGACAGAAGAUCAACCUCCACUACUGCCCUCUUCCACUUCCACUUCAUCUCUCUUUUCUUCCACUUCGACCUCUUCCUCCACAGCGUCUACUUCAUCAUCAUCAUCCUACCACACUGCCUCUUCCUCCUUCUCUGAAUCGGCCUCUGGAUCGAUUUUCCUGCCUCCCUUCCAGGUCGACGAACUCAAGGGCAAGGAUCCGUCGACACCUUCGCCGACAUAUCUUGCAGCCCCUAAAACACCAGGAGCACCAGCUGUGCCAUUAAAGGCAACCACAGGCGACAAUGAGCACGACAAUGCAAGCAGUAAUGGCUCAACACACACACCAAUCAGCCAGCUGUCUGGGCAGAAAACUCCCACACGAGCAACAAAAAACACUGAAGGACCCACGGCCAUGCCUGAUGCGCACGAUCAUUCGUAUUUUGACCACGACAACGACACCAUCCCCCAAGGUUCCAAGGACCCGGUCAAUGCGACUACCAAGGCCAACAGUCUCAAGCCAGGAGCCCUCGGUGCAGUCCCCUUCAAAGGAGCAGCUUCCUCGUCGACAGCGGUUGUCCCACGAGUGAUUCCUUUACCAUCGACCCGCCCCCGGAGGAAGAAGGCGCUGCUGAUUGGAAUCAACUACUUUGGUGAUCCCAACCAGCUUCUCGGGUGCAUCAACGACACGCGCGACGUGUUUGGGUUUCUGAACGGCUACUACGGCUUCAGGUACCAGGACACGAUCAUGCUGACCGAUGAUCAGAUCUACGAGGACAAGCGACCCACUGCGGCCAACAUCCGGUACUGGAUGAAGUGGCUCGUCAAGGACGCAGAGCCCCAAGAUUCCCUCUUCUUCCACUACGCAGGACAUGGAGGACGGAUUAAGGAUUUCUCCUACAACGGCAAAUCCGAACAUUUGGGUGACGAGGCGGAUGGAUACGACGAGAUCAUUUACCCGAGCGACUAUCUCCGAACAGGAAUCAUCUCGGACGAUGAGAUGUACGAUCUGCUCGUCAAGGAUUUACCCGCAGGAGUUCAGCUCACCGCCCUUGUCGAUGCAUGCCACAGUGGAACCAUGCUUGAUUUACCAUUUGUCUACAAUGGAAACCAAGUCACAGCGCUGGAAAAAAUUACCAGGACCAAAGUCGGAGCUAUGGCUGCCAUGUCGGCCUCGACGGAUGUCGUCUUUGACCUCCCUGGAUCCAACAAUUCUUCUCAGACACAGACGACAACCACCACCACCACGACAACGACUACUACGGUCACCUUGUCGGCUUCCAACAGCGGGACAUCGACGCCUGUGGUCGCGCAGUAUACGGAUGGCACGGCCACGACGACUGAUGGGCACCUUGCCCCACCUGGCGGCGUCCCUGCGAUCCAUGCCAAGGAGGGCGGGUCUCCGAUGAUUGGGGGAUCGCUUCAGGCUCAUAGCAAGAGGUCGAUUCUUUCUGCGGACGAUUCGGAUGGUCAGGGUGGUGAUACUGAGAUGGACGAGCGGGUGUCCCGGUUGACGACUACCGAUUGUGGUGAUGCUCAGGAUGGUAGCUGUAGUCCUGAGCAGCGUCUUGCUCGCUCUGGGUCCAUCGCUUCUCUUUCUUCGCCACUUGUCGACAAGAACGGGAACAGUGAUCAGGCUCCCGCCAGCAACAACUACCCGACUAUCCAACUCUCUGAACCUACCAUUACAGUCGAGGAGGAACAAACUGUAGCAUCCUUGUGGCCCACUGCUGUUGCUACAGGAUCGUCGUCAUUGCUGUCGGUGGCUGAUGAGGAAGGAGAUCUUCAACCUUCGCCCAGGAAGCGGUCGAAAUCUGUGCACAAUAUGGGGAUCUUGGGCGUCUCCGAGAUGGAUCAUCGUGGGAUUGAGUGCGACUCUCAAGCAUGGACUCAGGUCGACGAAGCCGAGACUGUUGUUGCCGCCACUGAUGUUGCUGCUGUUGCGGAUGAGACAAAUGUCGUCGUCCCCCAGCAGGUGUCCAUCGAGACUGAGAACGAAGAAGAAACUGAUGACGAGGGAAUGGAGGAAGCACGCAAGAUGGCGUUGUUCAGGAAGACAAAUGGUAAUGUCGUCAUGUUCUCUGGCUGUCGGGACGACCAAGCCUCGGCCGAUAUCCGCGCAUCCGCAAAAGACGCCGCUAUUAUCGCCGACCACCACAAACAAACCAACAGCACCAUCACAAACUGGAACGCCCCUUCCUCACACGACCUCCCCGAUGCAGGAGAACCCAACCCACUCGGAUACAGUCUCCCUCAGCCUUAUACAUCCCCCAUGGCCAGGGGUGCGGUUUCUUAUGCGUGGAUCCAGUGUUUGAGCCAGAAGCGUGAACAGACGUAUGAGGAACUGUUGACGAGUAUGAGGCAUUUUAUGAAGCAGAGGGAUUUGGAUCAGGUCCCACAGUUGGGGUCUGGGAAGCCUAUGGAUAUGAGGACUAUCUUUACUUUCUGA